AUGGCCGCAGGCGCCGGCGCCGGCGCUGGCGCCGGCGCCUACCGCGGCGUCCCGACCGGCUCGAGGAAUGACUCGUACUCGAAGGAGGCGUACGCGAGCCAGGACGCCCUCGGCGGCGCCGGCGGCGGCGCAGGCGGGCACGCGACGCUGCGCAAGGGCGCCAACGCGCGAGGCGCGGCCGGCGGCAGCUGGUGGGCGCGCCAGAGCUCGCGCAUGCGCAAGCUCGUCAUCGCCGGGCUCGUCCUCUUGCUCCUCAUCAUCGUCGCCGCCAUCGCCAUCCCGAUCGCCAUCACCAAGAGCAACGACGGCGACGACGCGUCAAAGGCGAGCCGCAAGGCGAGCAACGACGGCACCGAGGCGGGCAUCCCGACCGAGUCGAACCCGGUCACCGACUGGAAGACGGCCCCGUACGGCGGCAACGGCUCGAUGGUCUACCUGGACGACGGCUCGUCGUUCCGGUACAACAACUCGCUCGGCGGCUUCUGGGUCUCGAUCCCGUUCAACGACACGGCGCGCGCACAGCGUGACGUCCCGGCGCUCGACGAGGAGUGGGACUACGAGAAGAACCUGAUCCAGGGCGUCAACAUCGGCGGCUGGCUCGUCCUCGAGCCGUUCAUCGUCCCGGGCAUGUUCGAGCCGUUCAACCUCGACGGCGUGAACCCGGGCUCGGCCGACAACAAGGCCAUCGACGAGUGGACCCUGUCGCAGCAGCUCGGGUCCAACCUGUCGAACGCCAUGCGCGAGCACUACGACACGUUCAUCACCGAGAAGGACUUUGCCGAGAUCGCCGGCGCCGGCCUCAACUGGGUCCGCAUCCCGUUCGGCUGGUGGGCGAUCGAGACUUGGGACGGCGAGCCUUUCCUUGCCGGCGUCGCGUGGGAGUACAUCCUCAAGGCGAUCGGCUGGGCCCGCAAGUACGGCCUGCGCAUCAACCUCGACUUCCACGCCGUGCCCGGGUCGCAGAACGGGUACAACCACUCGGGCAAGCAGGGCUCGAUCAACCUCCUGAGCGGCGUCAUGGGCCUCGCCAACGCCCAGCGCACGCUCGACUACAUCCGCACCGUCACCGAGUUCAUCAGCCAGCCGGCGUACAAGAACGUCGUGCCCAUGUUCAGCGUCCUCAACGAGCCGUACGCCAACACGAUCGGCGUCGACCCGCUCCGGUCCUUCUACGUCCAGAUCUACGAGCAGAUGCGCGCCAUCGGCGGCACGGGCACGGGCAACGGGCCCUGGAUCACGUUCCACGACGGCUUCAUCCCGUUCGGCAACUCGUCGGUCGGCGGCUUCGAGGGCCUCUUGAACGGCUUUGACCGUGUCUCGCUCGACUCGCACCGGUACCUGUGCUUCGACACUCAGAACGAGUGGGGCCUCCAGUACCAGGCGUCGCUGCCUUGUCAGUACUGGUCGACCAACAUGAACGUCUCGACCAACACGUUCGGCCUCACGAUGGGCGGCGAGUGGUCCCUCGCGAUCAACGACUGCGGCAAGUGGCUCAACAACGUCGGCAACGGCGAGCGCUACGAGGGGACCUACUACAUCCCGGGCAACACGACCGCGCCGAGCGACCUGUUCCCGCGCGUCGGCGACUGCGCACCGUGGCGCGACUACCGCACCUGGAACCAGACGACCCGGGACGGCCUUCGCCUCGUCGCCGAGACGCACAUGGACGCUCUUCGUCACUGGUUCUUCUGGACGUGGAAGACGGGCUACUCGACGACGCUCGGCAUGAUCGCCAACCCGAUGUGGAACUACCAGCUCGGCCUCCAGGAGGGCUACGUCCCCGCCAACCCGCGCACCGUCAUCGGCUCGUGCGAGGCCAUCGGGCAGCAGUUCGACCAGACGUACUCGCAGGUCCCGGCGUCGACGCUCGCGCCGUGGAUGACGGGCGGUGCCGGCGCCGGCACCUUCUCGGACCAGGCGCAGUACACGCAGUACUCGGCGUGGCCGCCCUCGUCGUUCGGCGUCGCCGGCGGCUCGACCAUGGGCCCGUACGCGACGCCCGUCUCGGACCUGCCGACCUACACGCCGACGGGCAGCCGCAUCACGCUCGCCGUCGACGCGCAGCCGACGUCGUUCCCGUCGGGCUACGCCUCGAGCAGCAUCAGCCUCGGCAAUGGGUGGGUCCAGUCGGCCGACUCGGCGUCGUUCUACCAGCCGGUCAGCGGAUGCUCGUACCCGGACCCGUGGAGCGGCGCAGGCGUCGCCAUCCCGACCGCCGCUUUCUGCAACGGCGACGCGGCGGCAGCGACCGAUGCGGCGACCGACGAGACGCCGGCCGACGGCGCUGCGGCGCGCCGCCUGCGCAAGCGGUUCGUCAAGUCGACGCCGACGGCGCGUUUCGUGCCGACGCCGCCGCCCUCGCCGGUCAAGCGCCGGGCGUAG